AUGUAUCAAGUCGUAAGGAAGAUGUUUUUCACGGACUGCCGGUGCGCCGAAGACGCGUCGAACGUGUACGACGAUCUGUUCGCCAAGCUGGACGCCAACAAGGAUGGAAAAGUGGAUGUGGCCGAGCUGAAGGCAGGCCUGGCCGCGAUGGGCAUCGCCUCCGGGAAAGGAGCCGCUCAGAAAAUAAUUUCCUCUGGAGACGAGGACAAAGAUGACGGUCUCGACUUCAACGAGUUCUCCAAGUAUCUGAGGGAACACGAGAAGAAGUUACGACUUACCUUCAAGAGCUUGGACAAAAACAAUGAUGGUCGAGUGGACUUUAUGGAGAUAAAGCAGUCGCUUGCCGAACUAGGACUGGACAUCAGCAAAGAGGAGGCGCAGAAGAUCCUUCAAAGUAUCGACAUGGACGGCACCAUGACCGUCGACUGGAAUGAAUGGAAGCAGCAUUUCCUGUUCAACACAGCCACCAACCUGCAGGAGAUCGUCCGCUACUGGAAGCACUCCACGGUGCUGGACAUCGGGGAGAGCCUCUCCAUCCCAGAUGAGUUCACAGAGGAGGAGAAGACAUCCGGCAUGUGGUGGAAGCAGCUGUCAGCGGGGGCCAUGGCCGGCGCCGUGUCCCGUACGGGAACCGCCCCGCUGGACAGGAUGAAGGUGUUCAUGCAGGUGCAUUCCUCCAAGAGCAACAAAAUCAGCCUGGUUGAUGGUUUUAAGCAGAUGUUGAAAGAAGGAGGCGUGGCCUCUCUGUGGCGAGGAAACGGCAUCAACGUACUGAAGAUCGCCCCGGAGACGGCCAUUAAAUUUAUGGCCUACGAGCAGUUCAAGAAGAUGCUGUCCAGUGAACCAGGGAAGGUCAAGAUCCACGAGAGGUUCAUGGCCGGAUCGCUGGCUGGAGCCACGGCACAAACCGCCAUCUACCCCAUGGAGGUGAUGAAGACCCGUCUGACCCUGAGGAAGACCGGACAGUACACGGGGAUGUUUGACUGUGCCAAGCAGAUCCUGAAGAAGGAGGGAGCGAAGGCCUUCUUCAAGGGCUACGUUCCCAAUCUUCUGGGCAUCAUCCCCUACGCCGGCAUCGAUCUGGCCGUCUACGAGAGCUUGAAGAACUUCUGGUUGUCCCGCUACGCCAAAGACUCGGCCAACCCUGGCAUCCUGGUGCUGCUCGGCUGUGGCACUCUCUCCAGCACGUGUGGCCAGCUGGCCAGCUACCCGCUGGCUCUGAUCCGCACCAGGAUGCAGGCCCAAGCUACUCUCGUGGGCUCGGAGCAGCUGCCCAUGAAUCUGAUGGUGAAGAAGAUCUUGCAAAAGGAAGGCUUCUUCGGACUUUACAGCGGCAUCCUGCCCAACUUCAUGAAGGUCAUACCGGCGGUCAGCAUCAGCUACGUGGUGUACGAGAACAUGAGGGAUAGAUUGGGUAUUCAAAAGUAAAGCAGCGGGGGGGGCGGCAAUUAUUUUAAAAAACGCGUCACGUCGAACGCGUUCGGGGAAGCCGACGUCAAGAGCUCGUUUACCCUUUUAGGUCACCAAAGACGCAAAGCACUGCAGAAGGAGCAAUUGCAGGAGUUUGACUUUACUGUUUUGGAAAAUUCUUCAGUAUUCACAAAGAAAAAAUACAUAAUAAAUCGACCGAUUUUCAGUUUAAUAGCUUUAUACACGGUUUCCCAAAAAUAUUGUGCGAGUGAGGAGCCGUUUCACCAAGAAAUGAGGAAACCUUUGGAAGUGCAAUACUGUAUUUACACUUUGGUGAUUUGACAUUCUGGUGCGUUUGAGACGGGUAUACGUCCUUUUUUAUGGAAUUGAUUUGUUCAAGCCUGAUGAAUGGGAGUAAUGUGCCUUGUGUGCUUUUUUUUCUCAUAGACAUCUAUGGACCUCACUCUUUUAUUUGCCUUUCUAUCCAAUGCGUGGUUCAUUAAGAUGCUGGUGUUUACAGGAAAAAAAAGUUUGAAUAAAAAAAGUGAAAAGUU